AAGCGAUCUCAUAUGUCUGGCGUUGGUUGGUUAAUUUCAAAAUUAUUCUCCAUAAAUACACCAGCAGAAAGCGGGAAAAAGGAAAGAGUUGUGCUUGAUCGGUACGGACGAAAAGUAGAAACCAGUAGAAAGGAAAAUCGCUUGCCGGCAUUAACAGCCAGCUUUUUUGAAAAAGCAGUAAAUAUUGCAAAGUUGCAUUAA